CUCUCUCUCCGAUCUCCCAGCCUCCCAAGUCCAUCCAAGAGACUACUUAAAUGCGACGCUUGCCCAUUUUUUCUCCAAUCGGCCUCGUCUUCCUCCUCAUCCGCACCUCUACUGGUGCUUGUGUUACUCCAUUGCUUUUCCUUCCAUCUUUCUUCAUAUAUCUGUAUCCUCUAUCUCUUCUUAAUUCCAUCCCUGUAGUCUCACUCUCUCAUCUCUGAGACUUGGAAACAGCCCACAGUAAAUUAAAAACACACUCGCCAAAGCGAAUAAGAUGUCCAGUAGGAGAUCCCGUUCAAGGCGGCCGAGUUCUUCAAGGAUCACAGAUGACCAGAUUAUCGAUCUUGUCUCCAAGUUGCAAGCUUUACUCCCUGAGGCCCGCCGUCGGAGCACUGAUAGGGGGUCGGCAGCCAAGGUCCUGCAAGACACAUGCAACUAUAUUAGGAGCUUGCAUCAAGAAAUGGAUGGCUUAAGCGAAAGGCUUGCUGAAUUACUUGCCACAACCGACACAACCAGUGAUCAAGCUGCAAUCAUUAGAAGCCUUCUUAUGUAAUAAAACUAUUUAGUCCUUAAAAUAUCUUCACUCCUAGUUGGUCACCCUUCUUUUUUACCCAUUUUUUUAAUGAUAAUUAGGUUGUAGCUAGAUCCAAUGAGGGAAUGUUUGGUUCAAAUUCUGGAAAUACUGUUGGAAGUCCUCUGUUGGUAGAUUGAUGGCUUGAUAUGGUCAUCCAUGCACUUAUGGUUGAUCUCUUGUUUUUAUCUUCCAGCUAAAUUUAAUUUUGAAAUAAAAAAGACUGUUGGCCCUAGUUCUCAAUCUAAA